UUGAUAAACUUCGGUUUUGGCUUCAAGUUUGUUUGGAGAGGUAGAGAUGUUUAUUUGUAUCGAUCCAUCUAAUCAUAGCUGAUUUAAGGGAUUAAUGCCAAUAAAUUUCUUGAGUAGGCAGCCGGUUUGCAUUCGGCUUUCGGCGUAACAUUAAUUAACCCAUCGAUAAGGAUUAAGAGGUAAAGAUAUUUUGUAUUAGAAUUCAAGUACAUUGCAUAAAGGACGGCACCUUGGUAAGGUGUAAGAUUACGCAUAAACUAGUACCUAGUUAGUGUUGGGACACAAGAUCCUCGGCUUAGGGACAAACUAUCGGCCUUCAUCCUUCGGUUGAAAGCAAAGAGAGACUAACUCAAUUUUUUGUGUUUAAGUUUCCAAAUAUUAAACCUAAUAGAAAUUUUAGGGGAAGAUUUUCAGUAAUAUAUUUAAUAUUUUAAACAAAUAACUUUAAAAAAUUACAUUUACGAAAUUACAUAAUACUUCGUUAAUAAGCUCCUAACCAUUAAGCUAAAAUUUAAAUAUCUUACGUAAGAUUAUUUAUUAGAUGUAACAGUAAUCCAAAGAAAACACUGGUGUUGAAGUAAAUGUUUUAUUUUACAUUAGACCGUAUGUGUUAUUCUAUUUCUAUAAGAUUUCACGCAAAAGUUGUUUCCUAAUAUUAAUUUAUUCGCUCUCAAGUAGUCAUGGAUAUCAUCAUACCUCAAAAGCCUCCAAAACUCCCAUCACUACGCAGUGAAAGUGUCUGUUAUGUCACCAGCGGCCCUGCGCAGCAGUCGCGCGCAGACUGCCAUGCCGCGCGCACGCUGACAUGUCACCAAACAUGCCGAAUAUGAUCGCGAUCUUACUGCUACUGUGUAGUGCCUUCGCGGCGGAGCUGAAGGAAAAUCCGAGGGAAGAACGACUAAGAAGCGCCUUAAUUGACGCUUUCCAGAAUAUAAAAGGUGCUAAACUCCCUGAGGGAAACUCGGAUUUGAUCGGAUCAGUGCUAACUAAAUCUUCAACAACUGAAGAUUCUUUCGAUUUAUUCGCGGACGAUGACGGUUUAACGUUUGCAGAAGCUUUCGAGCAACCUAAAACUUCGAGCACUGAAAAAUCGCACUACGUCCAGCAUAUAAUAAAGAGCGCUAGAGAGAAAACUACUUCGAAACCGAAGGAUGUUUUAACGAAAUUGAGCGAUUCCAUACGAAAUACAGUGAACGAAAGCAAGGCUUGGAGGAGUAACUCCUCAAUGGUUGGUAUUGAAGAGAUGCUGAAGGUAUUCGAUGCCGAUAUAUUAGUGAGUCAGUGGGAUGAGCUGCAGAAAGCGGUGAACGGGACCUGCCUGGAGGACAUGCAGGAGUACAUCGAAGGACUAAAGGAGAAGAACCUUUGGGCCCUGAAAAUGGAGGACGCGAGCGGCCGCUAUACUGCCAUGUUCUACUGGGGGAACAACUACUGGACUGGCUCUGCCGAGCUCUGCCACGUCCUCAACGAGCGACACGCCGUGUCCAAACACAGGAACAAGAGCGGUUCCCAGAUCUUUGCGGACUGGCGCGAGGACGUCUCCAUGACUGGUUUUGGGCCUCCCUUCGACGCGGCCUUCUACAACGUACGGCUCUCGGCCUCGUCCGACGACCCUGAUAUUAUCAAAACUCGCCGAACCCUCCACCUUGGCCUCUGCCUGCCGGCCUCGUGCACUCGCGAGGCUGUAGGCGCGCUGGUGCAGGCCUCGCGAGCCCCGCUGCUCAAGUUCAAGGUCACAGCGGUGCGCUCUCCCGACCAUGGUGGCUAUAACUUCUUGGAGGAUAAGACGUUUCAGGUUUUGUUUGGCGUAUGCUGCGUACUGGCAAUCGUCCUGAUCUCCGCGACGGCGUACGACAUGAAGUUGGCGCGCGCCGUGCGUCGGCGUCGCCGCCGCGCCGCCAACAUGGCCGCCGAGGGUGAUGUCAGGCUCGAUCUGAACCCGCAACAUGCUAUCAACGUCGCCAAAGGCAAAUCGAUGUACAAUGUGAACAACAACAUUACGAUCAACACGAACAACUCAGAGGAACACCUCACGUCUGAGACAUCGUCCACACAGGAGGAUCAACUCAAACUCAGCGUCUGGUCGGAACUGCUGCUCUCAUUCUCGAUGAAGGCCAACAUCCUGCAGAUCUUCGACCAGUCCGUCGGCUCUGAUACGGUGCCCGUGGUCCAUGGUUUGCGGUCACUUUCCAUGGUGUGGGUCAUCUUUGGACACACCUGCAUCGUUGUAUUCAAGUACGCGGACAACACGGCGCUACGAGCAAUCCUGGAGAAGAGCUUCUGGUUCCAGCUCAUCAUCAGCGCCGUAUACAGCGUAGACACGUUCUUCUGUCUCGGUGGCAUGCUGGUUUCAUUCCUGUACUUCCGGACCAACGCGAAGGGCAAACUCGACCUGCUGACCAAGGGCAGGAGGAAGAUCACCUCUGGGCUGCUACAAUUCUUUGGCCUCAUGGGAUACAGAUUUGCCAGACUGACAGCACCCUACCUCUUCAUGCUGGGUAUAGUGGAGGUGACGAUGAAAUGGUUCGCGCAUAACGCCGUCUUCGAGCCUCCAGCGAUGGAUCAUGAAACCUGCCCCAAGUACUGGUGGAGGAACCUGCUGUAUAUCAACACCUUGUUCCCCGUUGACCAGAUGUGCAUGUUGUGGAGUUGGUACCUCUCCGAUGACACCCAGUUCUACGCUGUCAGCGCCAUUCUACUCAUUCUAGCCACCAGCCACUUCAAACUCUCCGCGGCCCUGACCUUCGUCUUCUUCAUAUCCUCGCUCCUGACGACCGGCUACGUGUCCUGGAGCAACGACCACAUCCCGUCCAACGAGGAUCCGUUCACGCAGUUCGACAAGAUCUACGACAAGCCCUGGACCAGGCUCGGGCCGUAUCUGGUCGGCAUGGCGGUUGGAUGGAUACUGUUCAAGACCAAUCUUAAGAUUAAGAUGAGCAGGGUGUGGGCGUGGGUGGGCUGGGUGAUUUGCACAGCUACCUUCCUCUUCCUGAUCUUCGGCCUUUACAAGACGGAGCUGAGCGUGGCCACUGCGGCAGUAUACAGCGCCGUGUCCCAUUCUCUAUGGGCGGCUUGCGUGGGCUGGGUCAUCAUAGCCUGUUCCUCAGGGCAUGGAGGCUGGGUGGAACCGCUGCUCUCAGCGCCGGUCCUCUACCCGUUCUCCAGAGUAACGUACUGCGCGUACUUGGUACAUCCCGUCGUACUCCGAUACGUGGCCAUGCACCUCACGCACCCUAUACACCUGGGGGAACUACUCGUGGUAAGUAUCCAGUCUCUACCCCUCCAUAGUAACGUACUGUACGUACUUAGUGCACCCCGUCGUGUUCCGAUACGUCGCCAUGCACCUCACGCACCCUAUACACCUGGGGGAACUACUCGUGUUCGUGUUAUUCCUGGGGCUGACUGUGAUAUCAUACUUUAUGGCGUUCGUGAUAUCCGUAGCAUUCGAGGCCCCAAUAGUGACCAUGCUCAAGAUCCUGUCUCCACAGCGCAAGCCACACCGUGUUUGAGCUUAUGCCUCGAUAAUACCAUAUCUGAAAAGGCUAGGCCUCGGCCGCACCGAGUCUAAUAGUCUUAGGCCUCAUCAAAUAUCUUAGACUCAGAUGCACUUUGCUUUUAAGUCUAGGGCUCAGUAACAUCAUGUUUAAAAGUCUGAUGCUUAAGCUACAGUACUUUAAAGUCUUAGACCUCAGUCAUACAGUGUCUUAAGCCUUGGCAUCACCGUGUUCGAAGGUCUUAGGCGUCGACUACAACUUGUCUGAGCCUUAAGCCUUAGUGGCGACGUGUUUAAAAGACUUAAGCCUCUAAAACCAACGACUAACUAUGUUUUAAGUUAGGUUUACAUUUGUUUUCUUGUAUCAAAUGCUGGCAUGAGGCGUGUGUAACAUUCGCUUAAACUAUACAGACCUCAAAAUUUACACAAGUAUCAAGUAUCACAACCGACAGAGACACUAAUAGUUGGAAUGAAAGGUAUAUAUUGCUAUCUUGCUCUAACAGAUAGCUGCGCCUCACGAUAAGUUGUGUAUUACAUUUAAGUAUGUUACGUCUGUAGACCGCAUUAGGACCAUCACACACUGAUCUUAAAAUAAUAGUCUAAAAUUCCCACCGCUUGGUAACCUAGUAAAAUGACAAUUCGACCCAAUCGUCUCGCUUUUGUACAGUAGCUAUCAGAUAUAUCGGACCGGCCAAAGUGUUCACAAAUAUCUGAACACAGUUUUUAUUGUCAAGACGUUAAAGUGCAUGUUCAGAUAUUUUUUAACACCUUGGCUGCCCCGAUGUAUCUGAUGGCCACUGUGCCAAUAUUGUACUAAAAUUACAGAUUGGUUGGUAAUAUUAGUCUAAUCGAAUUGCCAGUUUAACAUCUCAGAUCGGCGACGAUAUACAGUGUGGAAGAAACUAAUAGGCCCUGGAGGGAAAGUGCCUUAAAACGUUAAAUCAGCUCAUUUUACUUAAAGGAAAUAUUCUUUUAUUUUUAAAAAGAAUCAUAACUUUAUUCAAGUCUUUUUUCAAAUUGUUUGUCUCGUCCAGAAAUCGAACCGACUAAAAAUUCCAAAAAAUUAACUAGUCGCUAUUUUAUUCUGCUAGUCGAUACAGAUAAUGUGUAUAAAAAUAUCUUUGUCUAAGUACCUACAACACAAGUUUCAUUUAAAAAAGAAAGUUAAUUAGGUCUACACUCGUCUGUGGUAUUAAAUAUCCAUAAAAUCGAAUAUUUAGUUCACAAGAUUUUUUGGAAGACAAGGGUAAUUUGUAAAAAAUGUUCGAAUACUUACUUAGUUAUGUUUUGGUUACAUUAAAAAAAAAGUAUUGUGAAUUGUUUCCUUUAAGUAAAAUGAGCUAGUUUAAGGUUUUAAGGCACUAAUAGUUAUUCUAGUUCGUUGUCUGGGAUGUAAAAACAUGGUAUAUAGGUCAAUUACAGAGCCCAAUGACAUUCAGAUUUUUUAGUUUAAGAACCGUGUGCUGGCCCUUAGAGCGGGGUCACUGUCCGAUCCAAUAUCGGAUGAGCUUUGGAGAAAAACAGCUGCUAGAAAAGGCCCUAUGGCGUCAAAUCCUUUUAUUUUUGCCUUACCGCUUUCUUUUUAAACAACAAACAAUCGAAACAAAACGGAUCGGACUAAGCGAAAACUUUUAUAACCUGUCAAGCCAUUUCUGUCAGCAGAAAAAAGCGGCAAAUUAAAAAAAGUAGGCGCGAAUGGUUAUCGUACCAUAGAUAUUUUGAUUUCGCGCCUUUUUCUACUGACAAAGUUGUUUGACAGACAAGUUGGCACCAAUGAGGCCCAUAGAUUUGUUGUUAUUAUUCUGCAUUGCAUAUUUUAGCCUGUAAGUCUUAAGUAGUACGUUUCUCGCUGUAUUUGAAGCCUAUGCAAAAUACUACAACUCAAAAAAUAGCGAGUUGCUAAUCCGCGUGGUAGAUUGAUUUUUAUGAAUAUGAACAUUUUAAAAAGUUUUGACUUAUAGUUUGGUAAGCCAUUUCCGUCAGUAUUAAAAGGCGGCAACUUCAAAAAAUUGUAUUACUCGACUUUUUCUACUGACCACUACUGACAAAAUAGGCUUGUCAAAGUAUAUCUGCACGAUUAAUUUAAGUUUGUUUAUGUUUUAAAAAUUAAUAGUAAAAUGCCAAAUAAUAUUAAAGUCAAAACUUUGGGUUUCGUUGAUCGGAUGGCGAUAAAAGAAAUUUAAUAGUACUUCUACAUUCCCUGAUUUAGUCUAGUUAUUUGUUAAAUUUAUUUAAAUUAUUGAAUAAGUGUUCAAAUGAAAAUUAUUGUUCAAAAAAAGUGCAAUUGUAUACUAUGAGGUUAGAGUUAAAACUUACAAAAAAAAACGUACAAAUUUUCAUUUAUUACCAGGGACUGAUUACCGUAAUUCAAGGUUUCAUUUUCAUACAAAUUAGUGUAAGGCUUGAGUGGCCGCUCGAGUUGAGCGUGCAGCGCGGCGGGGCGUGCGGCGUGCAUGU